AUGAGCAAAAGAUUUCUAUUAAGAUGUGGAAAAAGCAAAGUUGUAACUAUUAAAGGGAAACAGUCUUAUAAAUGUGAUCUGGGGGAAUAUAAAUAUAAUUCAAACUCCGACAAUUCCAUACACGUUUAUUUCAAAACCCAACAAAUCCAACUUAACAAAGAGAGUUUCGUUCCUAAUAAUGAAGUAGAAGAAAGUGAAGGAAUACAAUUUAAUGAAAAUCCAGCGCCAGCAGUGACCCCUCAAACUGAGAUUGCUUCUACAUCGAGUAGUUCUAAUGCUCCUUAUUAUAACACAGUGGAAGUCUCAACAUCUUCAAAAAGAAGUGCUAGUGUUAAAUAUUCGCAACCCGUCGCCAAACGUGCAAAACAGUUAAAAAUUUAUGGUGCCAAGAACACAAAUGAACUGUCAGAAAAACAAAAGACUGAUUUAGAUUUAAGUUUAUUAAAAUUAAUCGUUACAGAUUUUCAACCUGUAUCUAUUGUGGAAAAUCGUGGCUUCAUAGAAUAUACCAAAAAGUUAAACCCAUUAUACACCUUACCAAGUAGACAAGUUUUAACAAAUAGACUAUUACCAGAAAAAUAUGUGGAAAUUCAAACAAAAAUCAAAACCCUGUUGGGUACUGUACAAUAUGUUUCUCUAACCACAGAUAUUUGGCAGUCAGACAGCAACAAGUCAUACAUUUCAGUGACCUGCCAUUUUAUAAACAACAUGAAAUUAUGUUCUCAAACCUUAAGUGUCAAAGAAUUGGAGCAGGAGCAUCACACUGGUCGAAAUGUAGCAGAUCAUUUAUCUAAAUGCAUUGAAGAUUGGAAUUUGGACAAUAAGAUAGUAACAUUUAUUUCUGAUAAUGGCUCGAAUAUAAAAAAUGCAAUUAUAGAACAUUUGCGAAAAAACCAUCAUCCUUGUGUAGCUCAUACGCUAAAUUUGAGUACCAAAGAAUCUCUAAAUGGCAAUGCAAUUCUGAAAAAUAUAAUUAUAAAAAGUAAAAGAUUAGUAGGAUAUUUUAAGCAUAGUGGACUUGCUACAAUGAAAUUAAAAAACUGUCAGGAACAAAUGAACUUACCCGUGUUAAAAGUGAAGCAAGCUGUAGAUACCAGGUGGAAUUCUGUUUUGUUAAUGUUGGAAAGACUUUUAAUAAUUAAAGACAGUUUAACCAUAGCCCUCACAAAUUUGCCUGCAGCACCCGAAAAUCUAGAUGCUUCAGAAUGGGCCAUAGUGAUAGAUUGUGUACCAAUUUUAAAACCUAUGGAGUUAUUAACCAGUGAACUAUCUGCAGAAAAAUAUAUAACUAUGUCUCUUAUAGUUCCUUUAGUUCGAGGUUUACAGUGGCAUAUAAAAGAUUUAAAACCUAUGACAGAUGUUGGAUUAUGGCUGCAAAAUCAAUUGAUCGAAAUCGUUUCUAGGCGUUUAGGGUCUCUGGAGGAAAACAAAAUAGUAGCAAAAAGUACAUUUUUAGAUCCACGAUUUAAAAAAACUGGUUUCGGUCUAGAAGCAAAUGCGAAUAAUGCUCAAUCAUGGAUUAUUGAUGAGCUUACAUCAAUGAUCUCUGCCACUUUCGAAAAUGCUGAUGAAGCAAGCGAUCGACAAGAACAGGUUACAAAACCAAGCGAGUCUGAUAAUGUUGUGCCAACCUCCUCAAAAAUUUGUCUCUGGUCACAUUUUGAUCAAAAGUUAGCAAAAGUGAAAACUAAAACAACACCAUCUACUUCAGCAGCUCUCUGUGUAAGACAGUAUUUAGAAUUACCUUACUGUCCUAGGUCCGAUAAUCCCUUAGAUUUUUGGGAGAAGCAUAAAAAUAGUAUGCCCGAAUUAUAUCGCCUCCAUUUAAAAUAUUUAUGUGUACCUGCAACAUCUGUACCUAGUGAACGACUAUUCUCGAAAGCCGGACAACUUACCAACUUAAGAAGAAACAGAUUAGCGCCAAAAAAUUUGGACAUGAUUUUAUUUUUAAAUGGUUGUUUAUAA